UGUUGUGAUUUUUGGUUGCAAACUGAAUUUUGUUGUGUUUUGUGUACUUUUUGAAGAAACAAAUUAAUUUGUUUAUUGGAUUAUCUUUUGUUUUAAUAAUUAUUAUUAAGAAAUAUGUCUUCAGAUAAACCACCACAAGAAACUAUAAAAUUUGCUAAUGAUGAACCCAUCGUCUUGGACUACAAGUCAGCAACUUCCUAUAUGAACAAAAACGCUUAUGAUAGGGCUCAAAUGACUCUUGGUUUUGUAUGGCAUCUAAUUCAUGUCCAUCAUCGUGGCAAAUUCUCACAACGUUCAAUCAUUGAAGCAUUAUUCAAGUCUGUUGGCGAUGAUGAGUUUUUUCCAAUGUGUUAUCAGGAAGGCCCACAAGACGACCGAUUCUUAGUUCGUCAAUGUACACCAGCUUUAGAUAAAUUAUUCCUUAAGAAUCUUUGUCUUACCAUGCCCAAUGGAAGCACAUUGAAGCUGGAAGUUAUGCUUAAUGUCGGUGUCUAUAAAUUUGGACAGAUAUCGCCAUCAAGACGUAUAGAAAAGGCUCUGGAUGGUUUGUUUAAGAAAUUAGAAAAAGGUGGAAUCUUAAAUUUGAAUGAGUUCGCCAAAAACCCAGAAUUCAGUGAUAUCAUAAUCAAUCUUCAAAACAAAGCAGUUUUUGAAGCAGUGUGUCGCUCAGUAUUUCGAAAUGAAGAUCAAUUUCGUCGUGUUAAUGGAUUACGGCUGAAAAACAACAAUAUUUCAAGUUUGCAGCCUUUGAAAGUUUUUAACGGUUGUGAAUUUGAUAUAUUAGAUCUCAGUGGGAAUAGACUUCAUUCAUCCACACGAAUUUGCAAGGAAUUAACAGAAAUCAAAAUUGAAUUACUUUUCCUGGAAGGUAACCCAGUAACCGAAGGAGAAGAUUAUCCUUUGAAUAUGAAAAAUUUAUUCAAAAAUAUAGUAAAGUUGGAUGGUAAAACUAUAGAGGAACUCCGAACUAUGCCAAAAAAAGCAGAGAAAGAAGAUGAUGAUGACAACACUGUGGCGAAAUUGAUUGAUCCUUUCAAACCACAUCGGUUGAAAAAAUAUGAAAAUAAUGAUAAUUGGAAUUUAAUCACGGUACCGAAUACAAAUAAUUACAGUAAACGUGAAAUUCUAGAUGCAUUCUUCGAUGCCCUUCCCCACGAGUUAGGUGAAAUAUAUCCAUGCAAUUAUAACGAAGAAACACCACAAGAACACAGUUUCUUUGUUCGUGAGUGUUAUGAGCAGUUAAAAUUCUUGGUUACCAACUGUAAGCUUCAAAUUCAAGGACCAGAUAAAACUGGUGAAAGACUGAUAUUACAAUUACGAAUGAAUGUUAAGAACUUUGAAAGUGAUCCAUUGGAUGCUGUGAAAGCUAUAGCUAAAGCAAUAACUCUACGAUUUUUCGAAAAAGAUCGCUUGCUUGAUUUGGAAGAUUUGAAUUCAGCUGCUGGUCUUGAAAAUGUAGAACUAAACUUAAGAUCACCAAAAGUUCUAAAUCGAGUAUUAACUCAAGCCAGCAAUAGAUUCGCCAAAAAAGUUCUUGAAUUGCGUCUAGGAAAGAACCGAAUAUGGAGUUGCAAUUUUGCCAAACCAUUUUUGCAAAUGUUACAUUUAAGAGUUCUUGACUUGAGUUACAAUAAUUUAAAAGAUUUCAGUGAUUUCUUAGAAUUAGAAAAACUUCCAAUCAAAGCUUUGAUUUUAAAUGGGAAUCCACUUUGUGACACUUAUACUUAUGCACCGGAAUAUAUUAAAGCUGCCAAAGCUAUGUUUCCUGAAAUCACUAAAUUGGACAACAUAGAGUUAGGAUCAAUCACUCCAUUAAAAACCAAGAAAAAUUUCCUCUGUGAUCUCAAUGGAUAUGAUUUUGUUCAACAGUUUGUAAACCAUUAUUUCCCACUAUUCGAAUCAGAAAAUCGAAUUGAUCUGAAAGAAAUGUACCAUCCAAAAGCGAUUUUCUCGAUGAUCUGCAACUACAGCUUAGCGUCACUAAACAAUCAUAGUACAAAGCGAAUCUCCCGCUAUUCGAAUUUAGCCAGAAAUAUUCUUAAAAUGUCAGAUUUUUCACGUGCGAUGGGGUCCCUGCAUAGUGGAUAUGAUGAAAUUUGUCAAGCUUUGGUAGCAAUUCCGAAUGUCGAACAUGAUAUCGUUGGAUUCAAUACCGAUACCACCAUAAUGAAUGACGAUAUGAUCGUCAUAACUGUUACUGGGGUUUUGAAAGACGUCGCUCCAUCUGCCCUCGAACCAGAUAUUGUUUUAGCAUUUAGCAGAAUGUUUGUGCUUACACCCUAUGUAAAAGAUACGGGUUUCUUGGGUUGUUCCACGGAAUAUAAAAUUAUCAAUGAUCUAUUUAGUGUGUCAAAUCCAUCCGAAUGGCAAAAGCAAAACUCAUUCAAAUUCUCAAGAAAUCCAUUGAUUAAAAAAGAAAACAAACUAACGAGUGAAGAGAAAGAAGGUUUGUUGAUAAUGUUUCAAGAACUUACAACAACCAAAACAAUUUGGUGUAGAAGAUUUCUCGAUGAGGCCGAUUGGGAUUUCAAAAAAGCUGUCGAACUCUUUUUAGAGGAAUUGAAAAAGAAUAAUAAAUUGAUUUGAUUUUCAUACAAAAAAACGCCAUUUUUCCUUUUGUGGCCUUCAAUU